AUGAACGAGUCCAUUUCUCUCGGCGAAGACUCGAGCCCCUUGUCGCAUGGCAGUCUUGACAAGUUAGCUUCAGAUGGCAAAGAUUACAGGAAGCACAAUCGCUUCUGGUACGAUGAUGAUAUAACAUAUAUCGCGACUUCAGACCAUCUACUAUACAAGUUACCUCUCUUCCUCUUCCCGCAAUCAGCAUACCUUGCGGCAUUGACGCGUACCUGCAAACCCAACUCAUUGAGGGGUGGCCCUCUCCCUCAACUAUACACAGUCGAAGUCGACGGCGUUGUAUAUCACGUUCUAGAGGAUGUGACAUCUACCGAGCUCGAUGCCCUUUUAUCCAUUUUGACUCGCUCAUUUACUGACUCUGGAUUGGAUGUGCUUCCAUACGAUGGUCUCACCGCCGCCUUGAAGCUAUCUACGCGUUGGGACCUAGCUUCGGUCCGCCAUCUUGUGCUCAACCGCUUAGACGAGGUCGUCAGACCCAUGCAGCGCCUUGCACUUGCGCGUAGCUUUGAUGUUAAAGGCUGGCUUCCUAGAGCGCUAGUGGAUAUCUGCGAACGGCCGGAACCUCUUUCUCUAGACGACAUACUCCAGAUGGCACCUGAGGAUAUUGCGCUAGUCACACAGGUUCGUGAGCGGGCACGAGGUCUCAAUGCCACAAUCACCCCAGAGAGCGCGGAUAUCGCGAAGCGUAUAAGUGAUAUAUCCGCUACCAGUUGCAUUGCACCCCAGGAUCCGGGACAGCACGAUGCGAUUGCUGCUCUGGACAACGAAACCGCUUCACCCGGCGACUCUUCAGACGACGAUGUUUCCUCUCUUCCGACCCCUGAAACUACACCGGAGAUUGAUUCUGCGCCGGCUGCCACAUAUCGGUGGCCCGAAAGCACGCAAGGUUUUGACGACGCGGCCUUCAUCCAGUCCGUCUACAUCUUCGACACAGUAGCACCGUCGCCGGAGAAAGUUGACAACGUGAAGGUCGACAACGUGAACCAGUAUAUUCGCAUGACAAGACCCCUUCCCCUGAGGCGCGUGGGCAGAAGGUGA